AUGUUACGAAAUCAACUUUAAUUCCAGCAGUCUUGCUAAACAAAUAUCGACUCUAUCAAGAAUCCUAAGAGAACCAUCAAACCGCAUCAAUACGAUUCUUGCAUCAACAACCCUCUCACUUAGCAGUUCUCCAAUGUCAAAUUGGCAUCCACACUAAGUAUGGGAAGAUCAAUAUUUCAGAAGCAAUUAGAACAAAUGAAAAAGCAGUAUAUUGUCAGAACUGGGUACAUAAGGAUAGCUGAUCCAGAGAUCUUGAAUGAGUUGUUUGAAUUAAACUUAGAGAACAUGAAGAAGAAAUACUCUAAGUAUAGUAAUAUACAUUAACUGAACAUCCCAAAAGACAUGAUCAAAAUAUUCAUGAAAUUUGGAUAUCAAGAAAUCAAUAAAUUCAUGUAGAUGUCUAUUGUUCACUUGUUGUUUGAAUAUAAAUCAUUGUUGCAAUAUUAGGAUAAAUGGGAGAAAGAUGCAGUUAUUGCAUUAACAUCAAUAGCAUUUAUCAAAUAAGAUUGUUUGUAUCCUCAAGUCAUGAUUGUUUCUCCAGAUGAUCAAAGUGCUAUUGCUAUCAAAGUCAUGCUUGAUCAUCUAAAUAUCUACUACAACAAUGUGUAUCAAGUAUCAAAAAAGAAUUCUAUUGUUUAAGAUCGAAAGUACUUAAAGGAAGCAUAGAUUGUGAUAGGAACUGCAGAUCGCUUAUAUUAUGUGAUUCAACAAAAGUACCUGAACCCAAUAUUCUUGGAGAGUGUGGUGUUUUAGGAGUUUAGUCAAACUACAGACUUAGGAUUCAGGAAGGACAUUGAAAGUAUCCUAAGAAUACUUCCGAAAUCAACAUCUAAGCAUUUCUUCUUCAGCCAGGUCUUCAGUAUAGAAGAACAUGAUAUUUUAGAUAUUUGA